UGACACUUCUUCGUGUUUUGAAAGGAAGCUGGCUUUACCAUUCCCAAGGAAGCUUGGUUGAGAAGGUGUGAUUUAGCUAAAUGAAGAGAUGAGUACCCCAGACUACAUGCAGUGUGCGGAAGACCACCAGACCGUGUUGGUGGUAGUCCAGCCUGUUGGUAUAGUACCAGAGGAUCAGUUCUUCAAGAUUUACAAACGCAUCGCCAGCGUCAAUCAAGUUAACAUUCGCGACUCCCAGCGACUGCUCUUCAUCCGCUAUCGGCACCAUUACCCACCCGAAAACAACGACUGGGGCGACUUCCAGACCCACCGCAAAGUCGUUGGCCUAAUUGCCGUCACCACGUGCGCCUCUGCCAAAGAGUGGCCGCAAACGUCGGAGCGCUUUCACGGGCAGAAGGAAGUGUACGGGUCGACGUUGUACGACUCGCGCUUGCUGGUGUUUGGUUUGCAAGGGGAGAUCGCGGAGCAGCAGCGUACGGAUGUGGCUUUUUAUUCCAGUUACGACAACUGUCCCGACGUGGAGAAGAGAGUGGAAGACUUUGUGGAGUCUAUUUUCAUAGUACUGGAGUCCAAGAGGCUUGACCGGGCCACGGACAAAUCUGGAGACAAGAUUCCGCUGCUCUGUGUGCCUUUUGAGAAGAAAGAUUUCGUGGGUCUGGACACUGACAGCAGGCAUUAUAAGAAGCGUUGUCAGGGGCGGAUGAGGAAGCACGUGGGGGACCUGUGUCUGCAGGCGGGCAUGCUCCAGGACGCCUUGGUCCACUACCACAUGGCCGUGGAACUGCUGCGCUCCGUCAACGACUUCCUGUGGCUCGGCGCUGCGUUGGAGGGCCUGUGCUCGGCCUCGGUCAUCUUUCACUACCCGGGAGGCACGGCGGGAAAAUCCGGAGCUCGGAAAGCCAGCGUGUCCCAGGCGGCGGACGCGGGGAAGAGACACAGACCAGGGGCUCAAGAAGUGCUCAUUGACCCAGGUGCCCUGACAACAAAUGGUAUCAGUGCAGACACGAGCAGUGAGAUCGGGCGGGCCAAGAACUGUCUAAGUCAGGAAGACAUUAUAGAGAAGUACAAAGAGGCCAUUUCAUACUAUGGCAAGUAUAAAAGUGCAGGAGUGAUUGAGUUGGAGGCGUGUGUUAAGGCAGUCAGGGUUUUGGCCAUCCAGAAGAGGGCGAUGGAGGCCUCUGAAUUUCUGCAGAAUGCAGUCUACAUCAACCUGGGCCAGCUGUCUGAAGAGGAGAAGAUCCAGCGCUACAGCAUCCUCUCUGAGCUCUAUGACCUGAUUGGUUUCCACCGUAAAUCGGCCUUCUUUAAGCGCGUGGCUGCCAUGCAGUGUGUGGCUCCUACCAUUCCUGAGCCCGGCUGGAGGGCCUGCUACAAGCUCCUGCUGGAGACGCUGCCAGGAUACAGCCUGUCUCUGGACCCCAAGGACUUCAGCAAAGGGACUCACCGUGGUUGGGCAGCGGUUCAGAUGCGUCUGUUGCAUGAGCUGGUUUACGCUUCCCGCCGUAUGGGAAAUCCCGCCCUCUCCGUGCGACACCUCUCCUUCCUGCUUCAGACCAUGCUGGACUUCCUGUCAGACCAAGAGAAGAAAGAGGUGACGCAGAGUCUGGAGAACUACACCUCAAAGUGUCCUGGAGGAAUGGAGAUGAUCACUCUUCCAGACGGACUCAAACUCCCUCCUGUUCCCUUCACCAAGCUCCCCAUCGUCAGGUCAGUGACGCUGCUGAAUCUUCCCCUCAGUCUCCGCCCUCAUAAGGUCAAAGGUCCUGUGGGACAGAAUAUGUCGACCAAAAGUCCAUUUAUCUACUCUCCCAUCAUCAUGCACGGCCGCGGGGAUGACCGCUCGAAAAAGAUCGAUUUCCAGUGGGUGCAGGGAGACGUGUGUGAGGUCCAGCUGAUGGUGUAUAACCCCAUGCCGUUUGAACUGCGUGUGGAGAAUAUGGGUUUGUUGACGUCGGGUGUCGAUUUUGAGCCUUUGCCGGCCGCCCUGUCCCUACCUGCGGAGUCUGGACUCUAUCCUGUCACCCUUGUGGGAGUUCCCCGGACUGCGGGCAACAUCACAGUCAACGGCUACCGUACGUCAGUGUUUGGUGUGAGUAGUGACUGUCUGCUGGAGAACCUGGUGGGUGUGAAGUCCAGUGGCUGCAUGCUGGAGGUGGUACCAUCUCUACCACGCUUACAGCUCAGCACUUCUUUACCACGGUCGGCACACUCGUGCGGAGAGGACAUGUCCAGCAGUGUGUGUGUGCAGCUCUUUAAUGGAGAAACACAGCAGCUUACUCUGACACUGGAGAAUAUCGGCACAGAGACACUAGAAACUCUGGACGUCACGUCCAAAGUCCUCAGCACUAAAGAAAAACUGUUUGGGGAGUUCCUGAGUUGGGAUUUGAACCAGGCAAAAUCUUGCCUCCCGCUGAAACCAGGCCAGUCUCUGACUCUCACCGUCAAUAUCCGGGUCAAGCUGGACUUCUCUGGACAAGAGAACCUGCUUCAGGACCUCAACGACGAUGGUAUCAGUGUCACCGGUCUGCCCAUCUCCAGUCCUCUGAGACAGGUUCUAAAACCAAGAACUGAAAACAAACCAGUCAGCACGGACACCAGUAAGACUGAGUUCAGUCACAUCAAGACACUGGAGGCGGUGCUGUAUUUUAAGUAUUCGGGUGGAGCAGGCCAGGUGGAGGGGUAUUACAGAGAGGUCACUCUAGGAGUGAAAGUGGACGUGGAGCCGUCUGUGUUUUUCACACGCGUCAGCACCUUACCAGCCACCAGCACUCGUCAGUGCCACCUGUUGCUGGAUGUGUUUAACUCGACUGAACACGAGCUCACUCUCAGCUCCAGAAACAACGAGGACCUUCUCCUGCACGCCAGCGAGUGUCAGAGGAUGGCUAUCCAGGUGGAUAAGUUUGACUUUGAGAGUCUGGCCAGGCUGCAGACGCAGUCGGAGCAGACGGCACUGGGAUCGAGCAGCCGCAGACAGCAGGAGGAGGAGAGACAGCAGGCACAGGGUGGAUAUAUCAACAGCAAGCUGGACAUCCGCUGGUCCAUCCCGUCUCUACGGCGACAGGGCGAGGCCAGCGUGGAGGGUGUGCUCAACCAGCUGGUGCUUGAACAUCUGCAGCUAGCACCACUACAGUGGGAUGUGUUGGUGAAUGGAAAGCCGUGUGACUGUGAUGUUGUGGCUGACUGUAAGGUGGGAGAUGCCGUCCCAUUGGAAGUGAAGUUGACCAAUCACAGUAAGAAUACAGUGGGGCCUUUUGCUUUGACAGUCGUGCCCUUCCAGGACUAUCAGAACGGCGUCCAAAACUACGACCUCCAAGACGCCAUCACUUUUAUUGGCUCCAACACCUUCUACAUCGAUACGGUCAACCCGUCAGACGACUCGGUGUGCGUGGGCGCCCUGUUGUUCCUCUACACUGGAGAUUUCUACCUGAACAUUAAGUUUCAGGAGGAAAUCAGCGCGGGCCGGGAGCUUCCCCCAGCCUGGUUCUGCCUGCCCAGCGUCCACAUCAAGGCCCAGGAGGCCGUGGAGGCCGCCGCCUGAGGCCUGCCGCCUGCGACCUGCCGUCUGCGACCUGUCUGACCUUUUCACCUUUGACCUGCUGAGCCGGCCAGGCUUAAAAUGGGGACUGAGAGAUGGAGCAAACUGUCUGAACCCAGAGAAAGAGAGAGAGAGAGAGAGAGAGUAAUUUAUUAACGUGACCAAUGGGCUGGUUCAUGAUAUAAGAUGACUAGUGUUCGAUGAAGUUUUCACUGAUUGGAGGAUGCGGUCUGCCCGGGGUAUGUUUAUUUAAGUUCUCUGGGGAGCUGAGAAAUCAGGCUUUGUUAAAUGCGCCUUUAGUUUUGAAUAUGAAUGUAAACCUUAGUCCUGUCUGUUAGGAUCUGUUCCGGUCAGCACCUCUUACGUACCACACUGUAUGCUGCAGUUUUAAUGAUCUCGUCCAACUGUCUUAUCAAAGGAGACCUUGUCUCUCUGCAGAGGACAUCGCUCCUUCUCUCUUCCUCUCUUUCUUUCUUUCUUUCUUUUUUUUUCUCUUUCUGUCUUUCUUCCUCUCUUUCUCUGCAUGGGGAAUGUGCUGAUGACAUCAUGGUUGGACUAAGAGACAUAUGAAUAGAAAAUGUUUCAUAUCUGGAUGUGCUUACAGUGUGCUCUCUCUAUAUCAUCAUUCUGU